AACAAGUUAAAACAGUGCCUGGAAUUUUAGUCUUCGACAUUUGCAAAUGAAGACAUUUCAGGUUGGAAAUAUUUCGAUUUUGGGAGGAUUCUAGAGGAGCCGGUGUGUUUGUUUGAGGAUUUUAUCAGGGAGGAUAUAUUUUGAUUGUCACAAACUUUUGGAAAGGACCAAUGGGUGCCAAGUUUACCAUCUGCUGCUGUCAGUACUAUCUGAAACACAACAGGGAAGAGAAGAAUGCUAUUUUGCGUAUGCGCACCUCUACAGCUUCCAGACAACCAGUGCUGUUACCCAGUGAGUCCAGCGACAGUGACACAGAAGAGGACAGCCUUUUUGGGCGCCCACGUCCUUCGAGAAGGAAGUCACGGAACAACCAGGCGAGCCAGAGGAGCACUGUGGAUCUGUGGCCCAACACAAACAGACCCUGUGAGUCUCCCAUCAGGAGAGGAUCGGACACAGAGCUACAGGCUUUUAUCAGUAUGAGAGACCAGGCUGACAAGGCUACAGAGGAAUGGGAGAAGCUGAAUUAUGACAUACACACUUUACGCUACGCCAGACGAGAAGUCAGAUCUCGAUGGAAGAAAAUCCUGCUGCGGCUAGGUUAUCAGUGCGAGGUGGAUGCCCUGCUGUUCGUGAACAGACAGAACCGCUUCAGUCGAGAUCAGGAGCAUCUUCACAAAGCCACUGAACUGUUGAAACAGCUGCUGGACCACACCUCUCUGUUUCCUCCACAAACAGAACACCAGAACAGAUACCUCUGUGUUAUGGACCGCCUGGUGUCGCUGGACAGUGCUGAGGACUUUGUCCGACUGGCCAAAGAAAAGUAUCCUAAGAAAGUAGGCUGAGAGAUGGUGACAGCAACAAGAGGACUUAAAGGCUGGGAGGGAGGGUAAAGAAAAAUGUAGACUGUACCAGUAAAACAUUUCUACUGUAACAUUCAUUUAUUUGUAGAGCAAAAUGUAAUUCUAAUGGCAAAUUAAAAUACCUUCUCUUUGA